UCAAGAGGCUGUCAAAAUAUCUAUUGCAAGCUGUAAACAGCAGCACAUUUAUAACUAACGUCAUCGUGUCAGCAAUCACUUGGUGUGCGCCCGACUAAUACAACACACAAGAGGAAAUGGACGAUGACAUACUGACGACGCUGAAAAUAUUGAUAAUAGGAGAAAGUGGGGUUGGGAAAUCCAGCCUCCUUUUACGAUUCACGGAUGACACAUUUGAUCCAGAGCAAGCAGCAACAAUAGGUGUUGACUUCAAAGUGAAGACCCUCACUGUUGACGGUAACAAGACUAAGCUGGCAAUAUGGGACACAGCAGGCCAGGAGCGCUUCCGUACCCUGACACCGAGUUACUACAGAGGAGCCCAGGGAGUUAUCUUAGUGUACGACGUUACGCGGCGGGAGACUUUCGCCAAGCUGGACAACUGGCUCAAUGAGCUGGAGACGUACUGUACAAGGAAUGACCUCGUUAAAAUGCUAGUGGGGAACAAAAUAGAUAAGGAAAACCAUGAGCUAGACAGGAAUGAAGGACUGAAGUUUGCAAGAAAACAUUCCAUGCUUUUUAUAGAGGCCAGUGCUAAGACAAGGGACGGGGUGCAGUGUGCGUUUGAGGAGCUGGUUGAGAAGAUCAUCCAGACCCCAGGCCUGUGGCAGAGUGAGAUACACGGCCGAGGAGUCCAGCUCACUGACGAAGAUGCCGGGGGAGGAAGCUGUGGUGGCUACUGCUCCUUAGUCUAGACGUCAAAUAUACGCGUACACAGACACGAGACACACACACACACACAACCCACGUUCACAGACAUAUGCAACUGUAUACAAACACUACAUCAACACACACAUAGGUAUGUGUAUGCCAAAACAAUGUCACACUCCCAGACAUAUGGAAAGUGCUGCAUGAACAGGCAGAAUCUGACUCUACUGAUGCGCGCGCGCACACACACACACACACACACACACACACUUGAAAGAAAAGAAAAUCUCGCCAUCCCAGCAGGUGCUGUCCUAGAACAGAGGUCCCUCCUCAGACAUGAAGGCUGCGGCAGUCAGACCGUCUCCCAUUCCCCAGAGUUGUGAGGGGCCAUCCCUCUCUUCUCGCCAGCUGUGUUGAUACACACAAUGCUUUUUGCACACUUUCCAAUACCAUGGCUGCACUUGAACACUAAUAAGGUUCAGCCCUCCUCUGUUUGGCAUGUGAGGGAAUGAAAUGAGUUUCUCUCUCCUGCAGUAUGUUUUAAGUUAGAGGACUUUCUUUGUUUGCUCUUUUUUUUCCCCUGCAUGUUAUUAUUUUUGUCUUUAUUUGAAAUGCUGUCAUUACAAUGAAACAUGAAAUAAAUAUUAGCCCCUUCUGUUGGGCUAACAGCUUAAAAAAGCAUCUCUUUUGCAUGACACAAAAAAAGCUAUUUUUGAUCCUUAAUUGUAUCCAUCUUGCCUAUUUUUCUCAUGCCACCUUGCCACAAGAAACACAAUAGUAUAAAAUUCAACUCUUGUUUCCUUCCCCAGUGUGUCUUGUCUUUGCUCCAUGCUGUACGUGACUUUGUGCCGUCCCCCAACACGGCUCCCACCUUACUUAAUACUGCUGAAUUUUGAUAAGCUUAUCUAGCCCAAGCCGUCUUGAUUUCCCUCUCACCAGCCCGAAGCAGGGGCUGGGAUCAAGUGACUCUGAUGUCCACACCUCUGCCCCCUUUGUUCACAUUGUAAUAGCUACCAAGUGUUGGUAAUAACGUUCUACUACUUUCCAUUGACUUGAACUCCAGACCUCUCAGCAUCUUUUGAAGGGUGCAUAAAUCAAAGAGAUUGGCACAGGCAAGCUUUCCGCUGUGUGCUUGAGGAAAGAGGAAAAAAAAGGCAGAGAGAGCGAGAGAGAGGGUGCAAGAGACUUAAAAUUGCACGCCUUGUUUUGUAACUGGUUGCUUUAAUGGGGUGUGACCUGCUGGCGCUCGCUGAGAUAGACAGAUAAUACCAGUAAUAUCACUAGCUCUGUCAUGGCCUUCCAUAUAGAUCUCUUUGACUUGGACGAGACAAAGGAAAAGUGUUCAAUAUUAAACAGGACAGUGAGUCAUGAGGGUGUUUCCAUUGAAAUUGGAAAGUCAAAGAAAAAGGCUUCAUGCUCCACAUCGCUAAUGGAUUUCACAGUACUCCCGUCUCUGUGUUCAUCUGUGGGAGGCGGUUAUGGAUGUACUGUAACCCUGACCUCUGACCAUGUUUGUAGUAUUGGAGUGCUGGCAUGUGUUUUAAACUUCUGGGAAAUGUCAUUUUUGAGAGCUUGACUUUGUGACAGGGAUGGUGAAUGUGACACAGAUGCCUUUAUGUCUAAUCAUAAAUUAGGAUAGAUUUAUCUUCUUUUUAUUAUUGCAUGGAAAAAAUCGUUUGUUGUGUCGUUUCCUACUUGUUCAAUGGAUGAUCUGGAGAGACCGCUAACUCUGAACACUUAACAUUAUGGUUGCAUUUGUUGAAGCCUUGCAUACAGGUUUACCAUUGGAUUUAAUGAUGUAUUCAUCUGAAAGAAACAAAUUUACUUGGUUAUUAAACUGGCACAGGUAUCCUUUGUUCUUGUCCAUAUUUCAUUUGCAAUGACAUGUAUUCCUUGUAAACGGAUGUGUGCACUUUGAGAUUCCUGUAUGAAUUGUAAAGCUGUAUGUAUACAUAUUUCACAUCUAAGUCGCUCUAUGUAUUAAACUAAAUAAAAUACUUUUUUUUUUAAAGGAAUCCUUUAAU